AUGGGCAACGGUCAAAGCAUCUCCAUCCGCGACUGUCUGGAUGCUGUCUUGAUUCCAGCCGCUGUCAUUCGUCCCCAGAAUGUCAUCGAAGUCUCCGAGACAGUCAAGUGUGCCAAACAGAGUGGUCUCAAAGUGCAGGCAAAGUCCGGAGGCCACUCCUACGGCAACUACGGCCUGGGUGGAAAUAAUGGUGCCGUGUCGAUCGACCUAGUCAACCUCAAGGACUUCGAGAUGGACAAUGAAAUUUGGUACGCAUCGUUUGGAGCAGGCACCAAUCUUGGCGAACUAGACAAGAAUCUUCACACAUUCGGAAGGCGAGCCAUCGCCCAUGGAACUUGUCCAAGUGUUGGUACAGGGGGCCACUUGACAGUAGGCGGCCUUGGACCUAUAUCUCGAAUGUGGGGAAAUGCUCUGGAUCACGUCGUCGAAAUGGAGGUCGUGACAGCAGACGGCACGAUUUAUCUAGCCAGUCAAAACAGAACACCCGAUCUCUUCUGGGCGAUGCGCGGUGCAGGGGCAAGCUUUGGUAUCGUAACGAGGUUUGUGGUCAAGACUCACCCAGAGCCCGGCAAUAUUGUUCAAUACAGCUACAGCCUUACUCUUGGCUCACAAACUGAGACGGCCGAUUUAUACAAGGAAUGGCAGGCAUUAGUUGGGGAUCCAACUAUGGAUCGACGAUUCGCCAGUCUUUUCGUCGUUCAGCCCCUUGGAGCCCUCAUCACAGGAACUUUCUUCGGUUCAGAGGCUGAAUAUCAGGCAUCGGGGAUCCCUGCUCGCCUUCCUGGUGCCAGCAAGGGUGCAGUGUGGCUUACAAACUGGAUGGGUCAUUUGCUUCAUGAGGCUGAAGCCGCUGGUUGCACCUUGGCCAGCAUUCCGACCGCGUUCUAUUCCAAGUCCUUGUCGAUCAACGAACAAGAUCUGCUGAAUGACACGGCCAUCACGGAUUUGUUUCAAUACCUCGAAGAUUCUCACAGCCAAUCGACACCAUUCACGAUCAUUUUCAACACCGAAGGCGGCGCCAUGAUGGAUACGCCCGUCAAUGCAACGGCAUACCCACACCGGGACAGUGUCAUUAUGUAUCAAUCCUACGGCAUCGGAGUUGGCAAAGUAUCGGCAGCGACACGGAAGCUCUUGGACGGGAUUCACCACCGGAUCCAACGGUCGGGUCCGGGCGCACGCUCCACUUAUGCCGGGUACGUCGAUGCGUGGCUCGACCGAAAAGCGGCGCAGGAGCUCUACUGGGCGGACAAUCUUCCACGGCUUCAGGACAUAAAGAAGAGGUGGGAUCCGGACCAGGUGUUCAGAAAUCCGCAGAGCGUUGAGCCGGCUGACUAG